CAGUUAAAGCGCAGCAGAGUCGGGUGAAGGAGCGCAAGAAAAACAGUUGACGUGAUAUUCGUUUUAAACUUGUGUCAUCUAACUGCGAAUCAGAAAUGUUGGGUGAAUCAUUGUCGAUAACGCAUCAUUAAGCAGACAGAGUGAUUUAACGUCUGUGUUUCUGUCUAGGAACAGAAAGUUGACCGUAAGUCUGCAUUUAAUUAGCGCUCAUUUGAAACACGCGUUAGUUCCAAUUUUUAAUUGAAUUUCGAUGCACACGUCGAGUUACAGCAUCAGUGCCUCUUUGCGCAGGGCCUUGACAUUGGCUAUUCUCUAUGCGUGCGGUUGUAUAAGCUUUCACGGAACAUCCGAUCCGUACACGAAAGCAAUUACUUCAGACCCUUCGUCCCCAUAACGUGUUCAUUUAAAAAAAAAAAAAAUAAGAGAAAACGUGGUACCGACUCAAUUUCAAUAAUCGAUCACAGUUCAUCUGAUGGAAAACGGAGAAAGAUACGGAAAAUGUUGAAACCCUCAACUAGAAUCAUCAUUAAUGGUCAGAUUCAAUAGCCCAUUAUAUAAGAGUCUCCAUAUACGGCAGAUCAUGUGUGAAUCGCAGUUGGGUGUCAAAUGGUACUAUUAGAUAAUAAUAAAGGUUCAAGUUUCAUAUAGGUGAUAUCCACCAACAAAACAGGAAACGAAUGGGUAUAACCAUCGUCACCAAACAGCACAUCACAGGACCACAUUGACUGGGCCAAAUAGUUAGCGAAAUUUCAAAAAAAAAAUGAAACAAGUAGAAUGGCAAUCCUAGAAGACGAGGGGUGACAAAGAACAUUAGACUAUAGAGAAACAAGGACAGAGAUAAUAUUGAACUUAGUUUUAAAGCAAUUGAAAUCUUUACUGACGCACGACAUUCUGGCAGAGUGACAACACAACGGACGAGUGAAGAGCAACGACAGGUUACACUUUUUCACGGUCGGUCAUGAAAUAUUGAAAAAGAGAAGCAGCAAAUGUUGGACAGCAAGACACCACCUCCACUGCGAUCAGUAGCACGCAAAAUAUUGCAGGCGAUAUGUUGAUGCCAUUGGUCACGGCCUUUGUCGCCGGACAGCCAUCCCGUCAGCGUCAUCUAGUCGACACGGACUUGAUGACCAACGAAUCAUCCAGCGCAGCUCAAUCGGAUGGUGACGGAAGAAUGUCAGACCCUUUGUUAAUGCCCGUGUGGGCGUACCAGACAGCAGCCGCUUAUUUGAUUGUAAUCAGCAUCGUCGGUUUGGUCAUGAACAUUCUUGUCAUUAUCGCCAUCGUCAGCGAUCGACAGAUGACGGCGCUCAACUGGAUGCUGCUCAAUUUGGCCUGCUCUGACGGACUCAUUGCAGGGUUCGGGGCGCCAGUUUCUGCCUCGGCUGCGCUACAACACGGAUGGCCAUUUAGUGACGAAUUGUGCAUCGCCUACGCCAUGAUCAUGUCCUCUGCAGGGAUAGGAUCGAUAACAACUUUAACAGUUUUGGCCUUGUGGCGAUGUCAGUUGGUUGUCUAUUGCCCGGCGAAACGGAGCGGCGCUUUUGCCAACAACAACGGCGGAAGGCUGGGACAUUGUCAGCCCGUCCUUUUGCUGGCCAUCGUCUGGGCGUACACACUAGCCGUGACUUGCCCGCCGCUUUUCGGAUGGGGCCGGUACGACAGGGAAGCCUCUCACAUCAGUUGCUCGGUGAAUUGGGAGUCUAAAAUGGACAACAAUCGGCUGUACAUUUUGUACAUGUUUGCCUUUGGAUUGUUCGUCCCGUUGGCGGUGAUCGUCGUUUCUUACGUCAGCAUAUUACGCGUCGUCAGAAAGGCGGGUAAAUUCAAGAAAUCAAUGACGGCGUUGCACAACGUCGGCCAGCCACAGCAAGAGAUAGCUGACCAACAGUCCACCAGCAAUCAGCAAUCAACCAUCAGCAACCAGCAAAUGCAGACGCAACACAAAACGGAGCACAAGAAACAAACGAGUGACGCAGCCGAGAAACGUGUGACGGUCAUGGUGGCCUGCAUGGUCGGCGCCUUUCUGACGGCCUGGACGCCCUAUUCGAUUUUGGCUCUUUUCGAAACAUUCACGGGCGAAAUGGGCCUUCCGUCGAAUGGCAAUUUUUCAUGGCAAGGCAACGGUGACGAGUUGCAUUACGUCGGCACAAUUUCGCCUGGAUUCGCCACCAUUCCGUCGCUUUUCGCUAAGACGUCCGCCGUCUUCAAUCCACUGAUUUACGGACUGCUCAACACUCAGUUCCGCACGGCUUGGGGCAAAUUUUCUGUCCGCUUCCUGAGACGACGUCAGCGUCGCAAGAAUAAAGAGAUGCGACCUUUAUUGAGCUGCUUGGGCCAUAAGACGCCGACGUUGAAGCCGUCGAUGUCUGUCCAUUUCUCCAUGAAAGAAAUGGUGUCCAACGAAUCUCAAUCGGCUUACGUCAUGGCAACAAGAGUGCGCACGAGUCCUCCUGUUGCUCAUGGGCUCCACCAGCAACAACAGACUGAUGACCGAGCGCAUAAUUCAUCGAUGCCGGUCGUCGAACCUGCGACAACGACAUCGGUCAUGAAUCCAUUACAACAGCGUCAACAAGAAGAUGCGACCAGAUUCGUGGUCGUUUGUUUCACUUCAAAUUCGACGAGCUGUCAGAUCGUUGACGACAUUGUCCCCAGAUCGACGGAUGAAUCGGUUUUAUGAAAUUUAUUUCAGCGUCGUCGAUAAAACGGCACGUGAAAUGAUGUCGGAACCUUUAUUGGAUUUCACGCGGGGAAGAACAAUUCAUUUGACGCAGAUGACAACUCAUCGGGGUCGUGUUUCAUUCGACAUUUCAAAUGUCAAUGUGAGUGGAACCAUUCUCCGCAACGCGCAACAAUUUACCGACUGUAUUUAAAUGCAUUUAGUUUUUCCUGCAAGUUUUCGUGAAAAAAUAGAGAAAAGAUGUCGGAUUUUUGUGUUGGCACAUUAAAGCUGAGGGAGGAGAAAA